AUGGCACUAUAUCCAAAUGUGUUUUUUGUAAAGAGCAAGAUACAUCAUACUUAUUUGAAAUGUUUAAUAAAUAUCCCAAAUAAACCUGGAUGUUCAGUUGCAGGACCAGCACUGCCUCCAGGCUAUAAAAGCAGCUGUAGCUCAGAAACUCCUGACAGUGAUGAAGACUCAGAAUCUCCUCCUCUGCCCAGAGAUGCAAACAGAGAUUCUGAAGAGGAGACAGAAGGAGAUCCAGCAUCCAAAAAGCCAAAAAGAAUUCAGGAAGAUGAUGAUGAUGAUGAUGGCUUUUUUGGGCCUGCUCUUCCUCCUGGAUUUAAAAAACAGGAUGAUUCUCCAGAGAGGCCCAUUAUAGGCCCUGCAUUACCACCUGGCUUUAGGAGAGCUUCACAGGACACCGGGAAUAGCAGAUGUUCCAUAGGGCCGUCUGUUUCCUCAGAAUUCCAUGCCCAGGGGACAGAUAGUAGUGAGGAAGAAGAAAACCUUAUAGGCCCAAUGCCUGCAAAAGGACCAGUGGAAUCUGAUGUGACUGAAGAAUUUGAACGCAGAGCUCAGAGAAUGAAGGAAAAACUUACUUCAGCAGACAGCGAUGAAUCUAAGCAAGUUACCAGGGAAUCAUGGAUGACAGAGCUUCCACCUGAAUUGAAGAGCUUUGGAUUUGGCCCAAGAACAUUCAAGAGAAGAGCUGAUGACAAGUCAGGUGAUAGAUCUAUUUGGACAGAUACUCCAUCUGACAGAGAGAGAAAAGCCAAGGAAAGAGAAGAGGCAAAAAAGUCAACCAGUAAGGAUAAUGAAGAAAUUGGCCUAUCUAGGAGAGACAAGAGGCUCAUUGAUCAGGUGACUUCAUACAAUGAGUCAAAGAGGUCAGAAUCUCUCAUGGACAUACAUCAGAAAAAGCUGAAGAGCAAAGCCUCUGAAGAGAAGAACAAACCUCAGGAAAGAAGGCCAUUUGAUCGAGACCAGGAUCUCAAGGUCAAUCGAUUUGAUGAAGCACAAAAGAAAGCCCUUAUAAGAAAAUCCAGAGAUCUGAAUAGUAAAUUUGAGCACAGUAAAGGCAAUAUGUUUUUAUAAUAUAAAAGCAUGAAGCUUUUUUGAAAUUAAGUUGAUGACACUUUGAAUACUUAAUUUUUAAAGUAUUUUUCUGUAAAUAUUUGUAUGCAGAAUAAAUAUCCUGAUUUUUAACU